CAUUUGUCGUUGGGACAGCAACCGGCCAGUCCGGUUUGACUCUGUUAUUUCUUGUAAGAGAACUCUUUCUUUUUCGGCUUAUUCCUAAUUUUUUAUCUUGGGACCUGGGAAGCUGUUUGGAUUCACUUUCCUAAACCAAUUCUUCAAUUUUGAGACCUGGGAUGAUAUUGUCAUCUGAAUCUGAUCAAUUACAGCUUCUGGAAUUAAUGCCUUCCUCCGUAUGCUGAGUAUUGGGUCGGUUUAUAGAAUACUAGAUGUGGGUGUUCUCUUUUCCCUUUCAGGAUUGACAUAGUUUUGGACCUUCUGGAUCUGACGGAGAAAGCUCAAACUUCACAUUAGAAUGGUUUCAAUUGAUAACGGGAGCCUUAAAGAUGAGAUCGAGCAAUCUAAUGAAAGUAAGUUGAAGGCUUUAGCUUCAAUUGAAAUCUCAACAUCUCAGAAGACGCUUAUGAGCGGUGAGAAUACUUCAAAAAAAAUUCAUUCCAGCUCCAGUGUUCUUCCUAAUAGGAUAAAGUUCCUUAAAUUUGGCUCAGCCUCCGCGAAAUUCAAGCGGCUUGCUUUUGCCAGAGACCAAAUUUCACAGUCUGUGCCUUCUGGUUCCCAUGGCUUUAGAGAACGAUUUAGUGGCAUUUUAGCUCAAAAACUUGACUGGGAUUCACUCAAAAAGAAAUGCCAAGAGUGGAUCAGAGACCCAAUGAACAUGGCCCUUUUUGUGUGGAUUACCUGUGUUGCUGUUUCAGGGGCCAUUCUCUUCCUAGUCAUGACUGGAAUGUUGAAUGGCGUGUUACCAAAGAAAUCUCAGAGAAACGCUUGGUUUGAAGUAAACAACCAAAUACUCAAUGCACUAUUUACGCUCAUGUGCUUGUAUCAGCAUCCCAAGAGGUUUUAUCACCUUGUUCUUCUGUGCAGAUGGAAACCGAAGGAUGUCUCCAGACUCAGAAAGAUUUACUGCAAGAACGGGACAUAUAAGCCCCAUGAGUGGGCACACAUGAUGGUGGUGGUCGUUCUUCUUCAUGUGAACUGUUUUGCCCAAUAUGCACUUUGUGGUCUAAACUGGGGUUACAAAAGAUCUGAGCGACCUGCUGUAGGAGUUGGAAUAUGCAUAUCUUUCGCAAUUGGUGCUCCUGCAAUUGCUGGCCUAUAUACCAUUCUUAGCCCUCUUGGGAAGGACUACGAUUCUGAGAUAGAUGAAGAAGCGCAGGUUAACCCAGAGCAGCUAAGAGCGAAAUCAUUUACGAAAAAAUAUUCGUUUGCUUCAAGAGAUGAACAAUUAGUAAUUCAGGAUAGGCCACUGUGGAGUGGAGGAAUAAUGGACAUUUGGAAUGAUAUUUCUCUAGCAUAUCUCUCACUUUUCUGUACUUUCUGUGUGUUUGGGUGGAACAUGGAGAGACUUGGCUUUGGAAACAUGUAUGUCCAUAUUGCCACUUUUGUUCUAUUCUGCAUGGCUCCCUUCUGGAUUUUUAUCUUGGCUGCUGUUAAUAUUGACGAUGACAGUGUAAGACAGGCUAUGAUAGGUAUUGGAAUUGUUCUAUGCAUAUUUGGUUUACUAUAUGGGGGAUUUUGGAGGAUCCAAAUGAGAAAGAGGUUCAACUUGCCUGCUUAUAACUUCUGCUUUGGUAAACCUUCAGUUUCUGAUUGCACACUCUGGCUGUGCUGCUGCUGGUGCUCUCUUGCUCAAGAAGCACGUACUGGGAACUCCUAUGAUGUUGUAGAAGAUAAAUUCUACAGGAAGCGAGGUGAUAUUCGUGUCCAACCACCGAUGUCGCCUUUGCCUCGUGAAGAUGCAACUUCUUCCGUGGGAAUCAACUCUUCUCCUUCCAAGGUCGGAACAUCUAGACCUCUUGCUCGGAGCGGUGUCCCAAAGGGAUAUUAUAGUCCAGACAAGCCAUUAUCUGCUGUGAGGGAGGAGUCUCUGGAAAGAAGUCGAGAUGGGGAAAUGAACCCACCAACUCCACCUGUUAUAAGUAGAGAAGCCCUAUAGACUUCUUCCUUUCUUGGAAUGUAAAUCUGACAUCAAUUACAUGGGACGAUCCAUAGAAUUUUUUAACAGAGCCCUCAAUAGGUCAUGCUUGCGUCUUUCUUAUAAGCAAUUUUGAUAUCUUCAUUGCUUACCUCUUUCAUUAUGUAAAGCAAACAAUCAAUAAUAUGUGAGAUGAUUGCAGAAAGCAUUUGGGUGCUA